GCAAGAUGGGUCUCUACCGCGUCCGCGUGUCCACCGGGUCCUCGCUCUGCGCCGGCUCCAAAAACUGGGUGCAGCUCUGGCUGGUCGGCCGGCACGGGGAGGCGGCGCUCGGGUCGUGCCUGUGGCCGGCGCGGGGCCAGGAGAGGGAAUUCAAGGUGGACGUGCCGGAGUACCUGGGGCCGCUGCUGUUCGUGAAGCUGCGCAAAAGGCACCUCCUUCAGAGUGACGCGUGGUUCUGCAACUGGAUCUCCGUGCAGGGACCAGGGACCAGUGGGGACGAGUUCACAUUCCCGUGCUACCGCUGGGUGGUGGGCGACGACAUCCUGAGCCUGCCCGAGGGCACUGGCCGCACGGUGGUCGAUGACCCUCAAGGCCUGUUCAAGAAACACAGGGAGGCGGAGCUGGCAGAGAGAAGGAAGCAGUACCGGUGGGGUAACUGGAAGGAAGGGUUGAUUCUGGGUAUCGCCGGGGCCAAACUACGUGACCUCCCCGUAGAUGAACGAUUUCUGGAGGACAAAAGAAUUGACUUUGAGGCUUCGCUGGCCAAGGGGCUGGCAGACCUAGCUAUCAAAGACUCUUUAAAUGUUCUGGCUAGCUGGAACAGUCUGGAUGACUUCAACAGGAUUUUCUGGUGUGGCCAGAGCAAGCUGGCUGAGCGGGUGCGGGACUCCUGGAAGGAGGACGCUUUCUUUGGGUACCAGUUUCUCAACGGCACCAACCCCAUGUUGCUGAGGCGCUCUGUGCGCCUUCCUGCCCGCCUCGAGUUCCCUCCAGGGAUGGAGGAGCUGCAGGCCCAGCUGGAGAAGGAGCUCCAGGGAGGCACACUGUUUGAAGCUGACUUCUCGCUGCUGGAUGGGAUCAAGGCCAACGUCAUCCUGUGUAGCCAGCAGUACCUGGCCGCCCCUCUGGUUAUGCUCAGACUGCAGUCUGACGGGAAGCUCUUGCCCAUGGUCAUCCAGCUCGAGCUGCCACGCAAGGGAUCCCCCCCGCCACCGCUUUUCCUGCCCACGGAUCCCCCGAUGGCCUGGCUCCUGGCCAAAUGCUGGGUCCGCAGCUCUGACUUCCAGCUUCACGAGCUGCAUUCUCAUCUCCUGAGGGGACACUUGAUGGCUGAAGUCAUCGCCGUGGCCACCAUGAGGUGCCUUCCAUCCAUACAUCCCAUCUUCAAGCUCCUCAUCCCCCACCUGCGAUACACCAUGGAAAUCAACAUCCGGGCCAGGACUGGGCUGGUCUCUGACUUUGGAGUUUUCGACCAGGUGGUGAGCACAGGUGGGGGCGGCCACGUGGAGCUGCUCAAGCGAGCGGGAGCCUUUCUAACGUAUAGCUCGUUCUGUCCCCUGGAUGACCUGGCUGACCGAGGCCUCCUGGGCGUCAAGUCUUGUUUCUACGCCCAAGAUGCCCUGGGGCUCUGCGAAAUCAUCUCUCGCUACGUGGAGGGAAUUGUGAGUCUCCACUAUGAGACGGACGAGUCUGUGAAAGAGGACCUUGAGCUGCAGACCUGGUGUCGGGAGAUCACUGAGGUUGGGCUGCUGGGGGCCCAGGACCGAGGGUUUCCCGUCUCCUUACAGUCCAAGCACCAGCUUUGCCACUUCGUGACUAUGUGCAUCUUCACCUGCACUGGCCAGCACUCCUCCAUUCACCUGGGCCAGCUGGACUGGUACGCUUGGGUCCCUAACGCGCCCUGCACGAUGCGGCUGCCCCCGCCAACCACCAAGGAUGUGACACUGGAGGUGGUGAUGGCAACACUGCCCAACUUUCAUCAGGCUUCUCUCCAGAUGUCCAUCACUUGGCAACUGGGCAGACGCCAGCCCAUUAUGGUGGCUCUGGGUCAGCAUGAGGAGGAGUAUUUUUCAGGCCCUGAGCCCAAGGCUGUGCUGAAGAAGUUUAGGGAGGAGCUGGCUGCCCUGGAUAAGGACAUUGAGAUCCGGAACGCAAAGCUGGACUUGCCCUAUGAAUACCUGCGGCCCAGCCUGGUGGAAAACAGUGUGGCCAUAUGAGCGCCCCCAGCCUUUGGCUGCUUCAGUCCCCUUCCAGCCAAGCCACACCCACCGCUUAGUGCUGUCAGUCUUGCCCGCCCCGAGCCCCGUCCUCUUCCCAACUCCCACCCUCAAAGAGUCACCUUUUCAGUGUCUAUGCCUAGUGAGAUCACACUUAAGUCUGGACGCCCCACCUAGGGACCCCCGUCCUCAUUUCUUCCUCCCCCUCCCCUUUCUCCUUCAUCUUUCAGAUCUCCCACAAGGCAGAUAACAGCCCCAUUGAUACAAAGGGUUUCAAGAAUAGAACAGGGUAAUAACACAGUUUAUUCUACAGGAAUCAGAUAGGAUUUUGAACCUAAAUUGAGCUUAAUGUCAAGAAAAAGAUAUUUGAGACUAAUGAAAGAAAAGAAUCUAGUCCAAACGAUCCUAAAGCAAACACUGGCAAAAGAGUAUACCACACAUCUUUCUAAUCCGGUAGGAUUUCCCACAUGUCCUGAAACCAGACACAGCACAAAGCCAACCAUUAACACAGCAGUUCUCAAGAUUUUCAUUUCAUGGCCGACUUACAAAAUGAUCCGUGGAAGUAAAUAACUCCCAGCUGGAGGAACUUGGCUUCGGGGUUUUGCCGGCGGGAUCCGUAUCUAUAACCCUUUUGCUGUUCACCUUUUGCUCCAAAUUAAAAUAAUCCACUGGAAAAAUACUAAAAACCAAUCUCAUCAUUUUACCGAGGGACACCAAAGGAAACAAUAAAAUCCAACUUCGGUAUCUGAUUAAAAUUUUGGAAAAUUAAA